CCGUUCGUCUCCGUGCUACAAAAUCAGCGAACACUGCGCUCCGCUGACAAUGACGCCGCCGUAGAAACAACCACAACAGACCAUAGCAGAAGCAGCAGCAGCAGCAGCAGCAAUGGGGGUGGUGACAAUUCGAGUUGAAUACUGUGGUAAUUGAGGGUACGAACCCCGCUAUCGGGAGCUCGCCCUCGCUGUGAAGGAUGAGUUUACCGAUGCGGAUGUGUCAGGCUUCGUGGGAAGAAAAGCCAGCUUUGAGGUUGAAAUCAACGGGCAGGUGAUCUUCUCCAAGCUGGAGACAGGAGGGUUUCCAUAUGAGGAUGAUAUCAUGAAUGCAGUCCAGCAGGCACACGAUGGUAAACCUGUAGGGAAGAUCACCAAAAGCAGAGCGCCAUGCGUGAUCAUGUAAACCUUCCUCAUACCUGCAGCGUCAAGACAGGCCAGUUCACCUGUAUACAGAAAGCCACCUCUGGUCCACUCUGUUAAUACGGGCUGAGAUAAAACAUCACCUACUGCUGUCUUUGACGCAGAGCACCAAACGUCUGGCUCCUCCUCUCUGUUCUUAUUGUGGUUCUCCGGGCUGUUAAUGAUUAUUGUAGCCUAAAAGCUUUAAAGGUUACAGUAUGAUGAAUCCAUUCCUGGAAGUCCCUUUAUAAUAAGAGCGGAGAAGAUGCAGAAGAACAGCUGAAGGGAGUUCACUUUUCUGACGGCUUCAUUGCCUGGCAUUCUUUUACUGCCUAAUUGUUGUUUGUCAAGUCUUUGUUUACUGAUCUCACAUGCAAUUACCAUUUCUCAAUCAAUGCAAUGAGCAUGCAAAGCAGUUACAUAUGAUAUUAAAAGGGAGACUGCCUCUGUACCGCUCUACUCUGGAAAUAAUCUGUUUCUGAAGCAUUUUUCUAACUAUUUCAAACCAACAUUGCUGCAAAAGUUGAAGCAACGUUCUAUCAUUUGAUCUUUGGAUGCAAAUUUAUUCUAAAAAAACAGUUUCUUUUCUUGUUUGUGUGUUUUUUUUUCUUUUCUUUUUUCUUUUUAAUCCUGUGUAAUAUAAAGGUACCAGAGCGAUCAUCUAGUGCUUCUGAAGACCACUGCCCACUGGUCUGUCAGCUCACACUCACAUUGGUUGUCUGCUCAUUUUGCCACACAACUCCCAUCUGUCCACUCAGGUGUCAAAACUGACUUUGAAUAAAAGUUAUGAUUCUUUCA